UAGUGGGCAAGGGUCGGUUCAUGAAUAUAAUCCCAAUCAAGGAUUAAUUGUAUAUCCAUCUCUGUUUUCUUUACAAUACAUGAUUUCCUGUCCGGAAUAUGCCAAGGUCACCAACCCCUAUCUCUCUCUCCUGCCCAUCUUGCCCCAUCAUCUCUGUUUCCAACUGCCCGUAGCUGAUCACUUUCCCUCUUUCUCGAGCACUCGCCCUCUCUCUCUCUCUCUCUCUCUCUAGGCCUUUAAGCCUUUUGACUAAAAUUUCACAAACUGCUGGCUCUCAUUUGUAAGCCUUUUGUGUUUGAUUGGUUCUCGUCAAUUCAGAUUGAGAUAUUUUGAGAUGGGUUCUCUCUGCUAUCACUAAAUUUUUGAUCUUUUGACUAAAUUUUCAACUGGAUCUCGGUGGCUUUAAUUUCAGUUUGUUUGGGGUUUUGAUGGGCGUGGAGUUAAUAUGAAGGUUUUCUGAAAUGGGUUCUCUUUGUUAUGAAUAAAGUUUGAGCUUUUAUUAAUAGUUUUGAGAGAAGAAGAUGGGUUUGGGUCCUGAUUCUAUGAAGGAGGAGAAAUGGGUUGUGGAUAAAUCAAAGGGGGAGAAGAAGUCGAAAAAAAAUGAGGCAGCUGGAGACGAAGAGACUGGGUGUUGGGUCAAAUUGAGGAUCCUGGGAAGCUGCAUGUCUUCAAGAUCAAAAGUUGAUAGUUCCAUGAGUGGUAUUUGUACCCCAUAUGUAGAGAACAAACCUACAAACGAGAAAAGCAGAGGUCCGCCAGUUGUUCCAAAUAUGUCCUCUACAACCACCAGUAAUGCCGAAAGUGCGUCAUCAACACCAAAGUUCAGUGAGGAACUGAAGAUAGCUUCUCAACUUCGGAAGUUUACAUUUAAUGAGCUAAAAUUAGCAACUAGGAACUUCAGACCCGAGAGUCUUCUUGGUGAGGGUGGUUUUGGUUGUGUUUUCAAAGGUUGGAUAGAAGAGAAUGGAACCGCUCCUGUGAAACCAGGAACUGGGCUUACUGUUGCUGUUAAAACCCUCAACCAUGAUGGACUUCAGGGCCAUAAAGAGUGGCUGGCUGAAGUUAAUUUCCUUGGCAACCUUCUCCAUCCCAAUUUGGUUAAAUUAAUUGGUUAUUGCAUUGAAGAUGAUCAUAGGCUGCUGGCAUACGAGUUUAUGCCACGAGGAAGUUUGGAGAACCAUCUCUUUAGAAAAGGGUCCUUGCCUCUUCCAUGGGCAAUCAGGAUGAAAAUUGCACUUGGCGCAGCGAAGGGUCUUGCAUUUCUUCAUGAAGAGGCUGAAAGGACAGUAAUAUACCGUGACUUUAAGACAUCUAAUAUUUUAUUAGACGCGGAUUAUAAUGCCAAACUUUCUGAUUUUGGACUUGCUAAAGAUGGUCCUGAGGGAGAUAAAACUCACGUAUCUACUCGGGUUAUGGGAACUUAUGGCUAUGCUGCCCCUGAAUAUGUAAUGACCGGACAUUUGACGUCCAAGAGUGAUGUCUAUAGCUUUGGAGUAGUUCUACUGGAAAUGAUGACGGGUCGUCGAUCUAUGGACAAAAACCGGCCAAAUGGGGAGCACAACCUUGUCGAAUGGGCGAGGCCGCAUCUUGGAGACAGGAGAAGUUUCUAUAGGUUAUUAGACCCUCGUCUUGAAGGUCAUUUCUCCAUUAAAGGUGCUCAGAAAGCAGCCCAGCUUGCUAUACAAUGUCUUAGCCGUGACCCCAAAACCAGACCUCGGAUGAGUGAAGUUGUUGACACCCUGAAACCUUUGCCAAACCUCAAGGAUAUGGCCAGCUCUUCGCGUUACUUCCAAACCAUUCAAGUAGAUCGUUCCAAGAUGAACACGAAUGCUAAAGGUGGCAGUAAACCUCAGGGCGGAUUCAUAACAAGGAAUGGACAACCAGUUCGGAGCUUAUCCAGUCUUAAUGUUCCUCAUGCCUCUCCUUACCGACAAUCUCGUCAGUCGCCAAGGCCUGAUGUGAAAGAGUCAUAACAGGCAGCUUGUACAUUUGUAUCAUGUGUCAUGACUUCUAACUCUGCUUCAGCUUGUCCAGAUUAAGUUACUGAAUAUAGCACAAUGGUGGUUCUUUGUCUUCUGUCCAAACAAACAUUGAUCUUUGGCUGUACUCUAUCGCCCUCUUAUCAUUAAAAGUUGCUAAUCUACACAAGUCUGCAUGCAAUUACUUUGUACUGCAUUUUCUUUUCGAAACAAUCAAGUCCUACGGAAGACCAUAAAGACACUCUUGGAAA